AUGAAAGCAACCGCUACUGUUCUGGGCUUAACGGCUCCGCUUAUUGCUUUUGAUUUACCCCCAGGCUUGGAUCUCGAACAGCCCGCUAUCUCCGUCAGUGUUCCCCCUGUUUCCUUAUUCGAGCUGGCACGCCACAAGGCUGGCUUCUUGAAAAAGUAA